GUGUCCUGGUCAGGUCAACUGUUCAGAUAAACAUGAGUGUAUGAUUGUGGAGAUGGCCCCUAAGUUGUUAGAAAGUGAGGGUCUUAUGUUAGCAAAGGCUUUGGUAGAUCCAAGGAACCCUUAUGUUCCUCUCAAAGUGGCAAAUUUGAGUAAUGAACCUCAGACUUUGUAUGUAAAUAUGUUAGUAGGACUUGGUGAAAUGUUAGAAAGUAGGUUUGUUAGUCAAGUAGAUGUAGGCAGCCUGUAUAAUGGUGAAGAAGAAGAUGUUAGAGAUAGUUUCAAUUUGCUUGCAAGCACCGAAGAUGAAGUUAGAGAUAGUUUAAAU